AUGAGGCUUGAUUCGGUGCACUUCUCCAUGCUGGUCGUCGGGGUCUCGCUGGCGUGCUACUCCCCGAGCCUGAACUCGCUGCAGGACCAGGCCCACCGCUCGGCCGUUGUCAUCGAGGGCAAGGUGCAGUCGGCGCCCGCCAACGCCAACGCGUCCGCCGAGCCCUACAGCGUGCACGUGAAGGUGCUGGACGUGUGGCCGCGCAACAGCGGCGGCCUCGAGCGCGAGCAGCUCGUCACCGUCGGCGACUUCGGCUCAGCGGCGCCGUGCGCCACAGUGCUCAAGAACCACAAGUACAUCUUCUUCAUGGAGCCCACCGACGAGCCGCUGGUCUUCAAGGCGUCCUUCGCUCCGCUGGACACCAGCGCCAAGAACCUCAAGAAGGACGUCGGGAGGAUCUUGUGUGAAGACUGCGAAAGUGCUCCUACGCUGAAGCCUAUGAGGAGCCCAGUGCUGGUCGAGGAGGGAAGCAGGCUAACAAUGAAGUGCGAAGCCUCGGGUACCCCUCCCCUUUCCUAUAAGUGGUACAAAGAUGGCACUGUUCUGAAAAAGAGCAAAGAAGUCAAGAUCAAAGGAAGCAAGAAAAACUCCAAGAUCCAGAUUGCCAGCGCCAGGCUAGAGGACUCUGGGAAUUACAUGUGUGUGGUGGAGAACGAAGGGGGAAGCAGCAACAGCACAAGCACCGUUCAUGUCCAAAGCAUAACCACAACGUUACCUCCAGGCUCCGGCCACGCCAGAAGAUGCAACGACACAGAAAAGGGGUACUGCGUGAAUGACGGCGAGUGCUACUUCAUACAUGGUAUAAAUCAGCUCUCCUGCAAGUGUCCAAAUGACUUUACUGGCGAUCGCUGUCAAACCUACGUUAUGGCCAGUUUCUACCAGUCUCUUGGGAUUGAAUUUAUGGAGGCAGAGGAGCUGUAUCAGAAGAGAGUCCUGACAAUCACAGGCAUCUGCGUGGCUUUGUUGGUGGUGGGCAUCGUGUGUGUGGUGGCCUACUGCAAAACCAAGAAACAGAGGAAGAAGAUGCACAAUCAUCUACGGCAGAACAUGUGCGUUGAUCACCCCAACCGCAACCUGGCCAACGGCCCCAACCACCCAGGCCCCGGCCCUGAGGAAAUACCCAUGGUAGAUUAUAUCUCAAAGAACGUCCCAGCCACAGAGAGAGUGAUCAGACACGGAGCGGAGGCGUCAUUCUCCGGCAGCCGCCAGUCUUCCAGAUCCCACAACUCCUCCACCCGAGCCCACUCCUCCACACACAGACAUGAGGAGAGAACAUGGAGUCUGGAGCGGACGGACAGUGUGCUGUCAGACUGUCCCUCGGGCAUGCUGUCGUCCUCCGUGGGGACCAGUAAGUGCAGCAGUCCCGCGUGUAUGGAGGCGCGGGCACGGCGAGCCGCUCACUGUGGCUACCCUGAGCCCCACCGGCCGCCCCUGCAGUACGGAGACUCCUUCGACUCGCUCGGCGACUCUCCGCAUAGCGACAGGUACGUGUCGGCUCUGACCACACCGGCCCGUCUGUCUCCAGUGGACUUCCACUACUCACUGCCCCAGCAGGUGCCUACCUUCCAGAUCACAUCUCCCAACGCCAGCCACGCCGCAUCCUUGCCUCCGGCUGCCCGCGCCCCCUACCCCCCGCCCCAGGAGGAGGAGGACCAUCCGCUGCUGCUGCGGCGCUACCAGGUUCCCCUGUACGAGGCACAGCGAUACCAGCCCUACCGUCAGCAGCAUCAGCAACGGCAGAGCUACCUGCGGGACAGCCCGGGCAGCCUACCGUCCAGCCCCCAGCUGCCGGCCCAGGAUGAGGAGUACGAGAGCACGCAGGAGUAUCCUGCCUCAUCUUCCUCACUGGAGCAACCAAAGAGAAGCGGCCGGCGCAGCUGGCGCAGGUCCAGACUGAAUGGGCACGUGGCGCCAAGGGGUUACCGGCCGCCCCGGGACUACGGCUCGCGCAGCUGUCUGUCGGACAGCGGCUCCGAGGAAGAGGAGGAGGAGGAGGGCGAGAGCACGCCCUUCCUCAGCAUGCAGAACAUGAGCAUCCCCGAGCCCUCCACCAUCUACAGGCCCGCGCCCCCUGCGGCCUCAGACACGCGGACUCCUCACAGUGCCGCCGGAUGCCACGCGGCCCGCUCCAGCACACAGGGCAGCAGCAGCAGCAGACAGACGCACGCGCGCUCCAAACCGGACAGAGCUGCCCACUAAAAGAGAGACAGCCCACCCUACUCCCCCACCCCCACAAAAAUGUGUAUAACUAUAGACCUGCACCUAUAAGAAAUAUUUUUAUUUUAUAUAACUAACAGAUAUUCUAAACAAAUGAAAUAUUUAUUUUCAUUUUAGCAAAAAAGUUGUCUACUAGUUAUCAGCAAAGACUUUUUUAUAGGGAAAACUCUAUUUAUAUGUACAUUUUGAUUUACAGCAUAAAAGAAAAAAAAGACGUGCCAAUUUUUUCACAACUUAAAGAAAUAGAGUAAUAUUGUGGUGCCUUUUGCUGUAUGCCGAUGCCAGAGGGCCAGUGGAGUUUUUUGUAGCCUUUCUUAUACGGACGCCUCAUUUUUUAUACACGUUUACUGUUCUGUUAUCUCUUUUUGGCCUUUUUUUUCCUUUCUGUUUUCCAGGUUGUGUUGUUUUGGGAGCUGACCCACCAUUUGAGCUGUGACAUUGCCCCCUCCCCAACCAAUCACACACACGUCAUGCAAUAUAAACCACUCUAACUUAAGGUGUAUGUUUACAAGAAUAUAAUUCAUACAGAUGUUCAAUGAUUAUGUUGCUUUUCUAACAGGAGCUCAAAGACAAAUGCAACUGGGGAGGGGGCUUUUUUUCCCUAUGAAAAGGGAGAGAAGUGUGUGUGAUUUGUGUCCGGAUGUCAGACCAAAUGUGUGUAGAUCUGUCACACACCACUGCAAGGUGUGUGUUCAGAGAGAGGGAGAGGCCUAGGAGGGAGUGUGGCUUCUGAGAGUAAUGCUGCUGUUGUCCAGCUAUCAGAUGUUUCACAGUACUAUUGGAGCACUAUUGGAGCUGGGUUAGUUUUAGCAGGGGAGGUUGUAAAUUGUUUUAAGGGAUUCAACUGGCCAAUUCAUGCAGUAUAAAGUUGUUUUGUAGGUUCCCCCUAUUACCAAAGAUUGAAUGUCAUAGCCCAGAUGUACGCAACUAGCAUUACGCAACCGGUGCAGCGCUCAGGCUGUGCCCGAAAUGGACCCCUUUUCCUUCAUCAUGCUCUGUAGAGGGAGACAAUUUAGUUGACUAAUUAACCACAAAAACACAUGGAUCAAUAAAUGAAUUCAGACACUUCUUAAUCAACCUGUAUCAGCAUUCACCAGUCGCAUAAACAAGCCAACAUCAGUUGCUUGUAUCAGCAGAACUUUCUCCUGAAAUG